AUGGCGGAACCCCGGGCCUCGAGCCCAUUGUGGCACAGGGCGUUGGACAAGUACCGUGAGGAGUUGCAGGCAGCAGCCGACUACCAGGAUAUACAAAAGGUGCACUCCCUAGAUCAGCUGAUAGCGUCGGUUUCUGCCAUCCAAGACUCUGCCCCGAGCAUCUACACCGGGAUUCUCUCUCUCAAGAGACUGGCUCCAAGGCUCAAGUUUGUCGACGACUUCUCCGCAGUCCUGGCCCUCUGCUUCGGUGCUGACGCAGCCUUGACAGCGGCUGUCUGGGGCAGCAUCCGGCUGAUUCUUUCGCAUGCGGCGUCGGCCGCAGAUACCUUCCAGGACGUGCUUGACAUGCUGGAAGAGCUCAGCCUGACCCUCCCGCGUCUCCAGGUGUACGAGCAGACGUUGCCACUCGACCGUCAGUUCCAACAAGCCUUGUUGGAUGUCUACAGCGACAUCGUCUGCUUCUACGCCAGAACCAUUCACUUCCUGCGCAGCAACCCGCACCCCGUCUUGAGAAGGAACGCGUGGCAGACGUUUCGCAAUGACUUUUCGCGGACAAAUAUGCGCAUCAAGCGCAUGUCAUCCAUCGUCGAGAGUCAAGCCGAGUCCGCCAGGAUGCGCCGGAAUGAGACCCAUUACAAACAAGUACUGGCGCUCUUGAAUUCAAUCGUGGUUGGCAAGGACACCGGCGAAUCUAAGCGGGAAAGCUACAGCAAUAUCCCGUUUGGCGCCAAUGCCAGGUUUAGCGGCCGCGAGGACAUACUGGCGGCUAUACGCUCGGCCCUGGACCCGGAAAGACAAGCGUCACUGCCAAAGUCCAUGGCCCUGUUUGGCAUGGGCGGCGUGGGGAAGACGCAGAUUGCCGCUCAAUACGCGCAUCUCGCGCUGGGAUCCUUCGACGUUGUCUUGUGGAUAUCAGCCGACAAUGCCAUUUCCAUUGGGCAAAGCUUUCGCACAAUGGCUGACGGUCUGGGCUUGCUCGAGAGCGACGACGAACGAAAAGACGUAGCAGUAGCCAUGUACAGGGUCAAGAAAUGGCUCGCCACCACAACCUCGGCGUGUCUUGUGGUGUUGGACAACGCGGACGACCUUGCGACUGUGAAGACGGCUUGGCCAACCGCUGCCCGUGGCUCAGUGCUGGUGACAACGCGAGAUCUCGUGAUUGCCACGUCUCUGGCGACCUCGUACGCUUCCGUUGAUACGCUUGGCGACAAGGACGGCAGUCGGCUGCUCCUGAAGGCGGUUGACCUCGACCAUGGUUCCCUUACCGACCAGCAGCAGACUGCCGCCAUCGCCAUCGCCAGAACUGUUGGUGGACUGCCUUUAGCUCUCACGCAGAUUGGUGGGUUUAUCAAGCAGCGGGGACUGACCUUGGGCGAGUUCCUGCCGCUUUACAAACGCCAUUCCUUGAAAAUCAAUGCCCGCAGAGCCCCCGGGAGUGAUUACGAGCACACUUUGAGUUCAGUGUGGAACGUCUCCUUCGAGAGGUUGACGGAGAAUUCCACCCGCUUGUUGAAUUUGCUAUCCUUGUUCCACCCCGAUGGUGUCUUGGAAGAGAUUUUGCUCAAAGGGUCCGAGAGUGUGGACGAAGAAUUUACCUUUUUGUCCGACGAAAUGAACCUUGGCGACGCCACCGAGGAGCUUCUCCGGGGAGCUCUCAUCAACAGAUCUGGUCACCCCGCUGCUCUAUCCAUCCAUCGUCUGGUGCAGUCCGCGGCUCGGGAGAGGCUGAGCGGGACACAAACGGCCAAGUACUUGGACGCCGUGGUUCGCAUGCUAUGCUGGGGCUUUCCAGAUCACUCAAGCACAGACAUAGGCCACCAGGUUUCAGCCUGGGCGCGCUGCGAGAAGUGUCUUGCACAUGUGUACAACUUGGUGCAGCUUGCAAAGCACCAAGGAAAACAUGCUGGGGACGGACAGCAAUAUGCUAGACUCUUGCUUAGAUGCGGCUGGUAUCUAUACGAACGGGAAACGUACAUGGUUGCGAGGUCAAUGAUAGAGCAAGCCGUCUCUACUUUUGAGGACACGACUAGCCUGGAGUAUGCAAGCGCCAUUGAUCUAGGCGGCCUCAUCGAACUGGACUUGGCUCAGCCUACCAAAGCCCUGGCGCCCUUCACGCGGGCGCUGCAGAUACGCAAGGCCAAACUCGGCUUGCAAGACCACUUCAUUGCCUAUAGCCUGAACAAUGUCGCUCUGGCGUAUACCGAGAUGGGCGAAUUGGACGACGCCUUUGCGGCUCACCAAGAGGCGAUCCGCAUCCGCCUGCAAGCCAACAGCGACAGAAUCGGCAACUCCUACAGCAACCUGGCUAGUCUGCUUCUGCGCAUGGGUCGCCCCGAAGAGGCAGAAGAGACUCUUGCCAAGUGUCCGUCCUUGAAAGACUUUACAGACGAGACUUUUCUCAGCACUGGCAACCCGCGUUUCUCGGGCGACAUGGUCUUGUUAUCUCGCAUUCGCCGGGCGCAGGGACGAUCAACCGAUGCCCUGAGACUAGCGUCGAAGGCUCUUGACUUUCGUCGAAAGGUGCUGGGCAACCGACUCAAAACGUGUGAUUCUCAAUACGACGUGGCAUCCAUGCUAUUGGAGGAGGGCCAUAUAAGCUCAGCGAUGAAAUUGCUCCAACAGAUUGUCGACAUAUCUGCGACCUUUGCCGAAGGAGACGGCCAACGAGCUCGCGCCCUAUACAAACUUUCGGAAAUCUAUGCAAGUCGGGACAUGUUGGCAGAAUCGACGAGUUGCAGAGAAGAGGCAGUAGCUACACGGCAUGCGCUACGACCGGAUCUUGACGACUCUCCGUUUGAGGAAGCAGGGUUUUCGAGGCUGUGCUUAUGGAUGCUGUGGUGA